GCGGGAAAUAAGCCAUGGGAUGGCGUACGUAGAUGAUCUGUACCGAUUGUAUGAGCAGAUGGAGGAGGGAACAGGGGACCUCUAAGUCAGAAAUGGCGAUGAGACGCGCCCGGAUGCCGCGACGACCCAUGCACCCGCGGCCACCCACGGAAAACGGAGAUGGAUGGGAGGUGUCGCUCCCAGCAAGCUACAUGAUUCAAGGAUUGGAUACCGAGUGGAGAGUCGUGACCCUGGGAAGAGGUCAGGUGUUCAUGAUGGUGGAAUGUUUGUGGGAUGUGAAGGAUCGAGAGUCAGCCAAACCGGAAGGAACCCGAGAAGAUGGAAAAGACAUCUCAACAGGAGAAAGUUCCGGGAAAGCUGGGGGUAGCAAAAGGGGACCUCAGGAAAACAGGGAAGGGGGAAACGAUGUGAAAACAAGCCCUCGGAACUCAGCAGGAACCACCUCUAAAAAGACAAAAGUCUUAGAUACCCGUCGCAAACUGGCAGAGAUAGAGAAGCGGACUGCAGAAUUUAAGGCAAGGCUCAUUGAGCAGAUGAUGGUCGGGGAUGAGGAGAACCCCCAGGGCGUAGGGUCGCGAGAAGGGCAAAGGACCACUCAGGACGAGGCCAGAUAUGAAGGAAAGGAUAAUAGCCACAGGGGGACGCCUAACAAGAAGGGGAAGGACAAGGACGACCCUCCGGCAGAAGGGACGAAAAACGCCAUGACACCGCCCGCCAUCGACAGCGGCACUGACAGACUGCUCGCCACGCCGAAAGUAACAGGGGCGUGUGACGGACUCUGUAGCCUUAGGGAAAGAUUGCUAGGAUGGUUUGACCCAGAAGGAAUGCCCAAAACCAGGGAGAAGCAGAGGGAAAGCAAGGAAGGGAAAGGGACCAGUGCAGCCGGGGAAGCGGGUGCCUCCGAAGAUGGUCUCAAGAGGGUAGUCGCCACCCUCAACAGGACACUAAACAAGAACCAGGGGUAUCUCGCAGAUGCAAAGAAGAAACUCACAUUCGAUGGGGCCAACAUUACGGAGUUUCUAAUAGACUAUGAGAACCUCGCAGCCCUACUAAAAUGGACGGAAGAGGAAAAAAAGGAGCACCUGGGGCAGCACGUGUCACUAAACUUGGGCAGGGACAUCAUGGCCAUCGUCGCCUCCAGUGGAUCCUGGAAAGAAACCAGGAAUGAGAUGAUGAGGAAAUACCUGAAGGCGGAGAAAAUGGCAACAAAGGCCAAAUUAGCCGCAGUCCAGAGGAAAAACUAUGCGACUUACAAUGAUUUCCUAAGGGCAUUCACGUUAGUGGCUCUGCGAAUUCCCGGGGUAACGGACCGUAUAAUGAGUAAAUACUUCCUUAGGCAGUUUUCCGAAUUCGAUAAAGAUAAGAUUUUGUCAGCAUACCAUCAGACUAGUAAGUUCGAAUACACGAGAGAUGUGGACUUCAACACCGUAACAGACCUUGCGGAAAAGACAGUAGUCACCGAGUCGCUAGCCCUGCUUAAGGAAGGGGAGGUCAUAGAUCUGACCGGGAAGACAGGGGAUAAGGUCAAGAAGGUAAUAGAGAGCCUGCACGAACGGGUGCACGGGGUUGAUAGCAAGAUGGACAGAAUGGAAAAUGCAUUGUUAGUAAUGCAGGCGCAAGUGUCCAAACCCGCCCUCCCGCCCCAAGAGGCCGUGGUUCCUGCAGCUGUAGCAAACCGGGGGUUUGGCAGGAGGGACCCGGCCAACGAACAAUGCAAGUAUUGCACCAUGAUCGGGCAUUUCGUACGGGCCUGUCCGAGACUCAAUCACGAUAUUGAGCGACAGAGGUGCAGUAGGUCCCUCAAAGGCGAGAUCCUUGGACCCAGGGGGGAGCGUGCUAAUUGGAACUCGCCAGGAGGGAUGCGGCGAGCCGUCAUCCUCCUGAAUAACUUAGAGAUAGUUGCCGUAGAAGCAGAGCCGAUAGCCGAGAUUGUCUGGGACCAGCCAAGGGGACGGGGACCACAGGCCAAUUUUAUCCUAGAAGGCAAUGGCCAGGAUAGGGUAAAUAUUACCACUCGUCGGGCCGGGGCAGAAAAGAAGCUCAUCCAAGAUACAGUAAUGGAGGAACUCGCAGGGACUAGCACGGGCCAGCAAGAGACCGAAGCCGCAGAACAAGAGAAGGUCUAUGGGAAGCCAAGGGAGGACGAACCGGUAGACAAGGCUACGGCCGCAAAAAAGAAGUUCAGGUAUCAAAUUCCGAUCCUGACUUCGCCAGAAAUCGAUGGCACCUUGAGUAAGCUACUGGGUACCAUGGUGUCGGUGUCUUUUCAGACCAUGCUGCAAACCAGCCCAAGGCUGCAUAAAGGACUCAGGCAGCUGCUAACGCAUAUGAUCAGUUGCCGCUCGACACGAGGGAUAAGACCGUAUACCGCAAUGCACACCCCGGUAGGACAGCUGCAGAUGCAAGUGACCCCUAUGGGCUUCACAAAUGCGGUAGCAAAAGCUCAGAGGAGGAUGCUCGCCGUCGCAGGGGAUAUGUUUCCAGAAAAGUGUGAAACUUACACAGAUGAUAGUCCCGUGAAAGGCGCAAGAUACAAAUAUGAGACGGAAGUACAACCGGGAGCGUGGAAGUUCGUCUGGGACCACUCGCAGGCUAUUAAGGACUUACUCCAGCGAUUACUAGUCUACAACAUUACUGCAAGCGGACCCAAGAGCAUCCUGGACGUCCCGGAAGUAACCAUACUGGGAUUCCGUUGUGGAGCUUAUGGGAGGAGACCCGAUCCACCAAAGACUGAUAAGAUCUCUCAGUGGCCGACACCCUUGCGUACCACGACGGAAGUACGAGCCUUCCUAGGGGUGGUUGGGUUCUGGAGGAUCUUCAUCAAAGGUUUCGCAAAGAUAGCGGAACCCAUCCGCGCGAUGAUUAGGGAAGGUGGCACUAUGGCUUGGACAGAGGAUAGGGAAGAGGCAGCCCAGACCCUGAAAGACAUCCUGUCGUCCGAUCAGGUCACGUUAGCAGCACCCUGUUUCAAUGACGAGGUAGGACGGCCCUUCAUCUUAGAAACAGAUGGGGGACCAUUGGCAGUGGGAGGAGUAUUCAUACAGAGAAGCGAGGAGGGCAAAGAAAGACCAAUCAGAUUUGAAAGUAGGACCCUGAAUUCAGCAGAACGACGGUAUUCGCAGUUCAAGAAGGAGGUCUUAGCAAUUCUGCAUUGUCUGAAGACCUUCCAGGCAUACCUGUUCGGGAGGCGAUUUAUCAUAAGGAUCGAUCCCACCAACGUUGUCGGAGCCCUAAAGAACUACAAGCCCAUAGACCCGACUGUCGGCAGAUGGAUAGGCUUCAUAUGGCAAUUCGACUAUAAGGUCGAGCGAAUUGCAGGGCUUCGAAAUAGGGAAGAUGGGUUGAGCAGGGUUUGUAUCAUGCCAGAAGGAGUAGAGGACGCAGAACCAAUUGACGCCUUCCUGGAGUACGAAGGAGGGACCCUUGUCGUGGAUAAUGAGAUGGCAGAUCCGACAAUUACAACAGGCCAGUUGUUGAUUCAAACCUUGGAAAAGGGCACACCAGCAGUGGUUGAAGAACUCAGGGAAGGACCAGUCACCACGGUCAGGUGCAAAGAGGAAAAGGACUCGUGGGGAGCAUAAGUAGGGGCCAGAGAGGAACUGAUGGCAAUGACCGUGGAGGGGGGACGGGACGCCGUGAUGACGUUGGCCGAAGCCUGGGCGCAGAAGGAGUGUCAGUAUCUAGUCAACCUCACUCGGGAGGAGCAGGGUACCGAUCAGAAGGAACAGGAGUUCUUCCUCAUACAGAUGUACGAGGGCGUCUUCAAAGAAAUCGGUCUGCUACUUGUAGGGAACAAACAACCCACGGAAGU